AUGUUGCAGGGCUGUACUUUUAAGAAUGCACUCUUGAAGGGUGAGGGUUCCUCCAUGGGACUGUGGCAGACCCUUCCGGGAGCCAAUAUCUCUAGAAUACUUGCGAGAUCUGGCGUUGAUUGGGUCAUGGUGGACAUGGAGCACGGAAAUAUCGAUGACGCUGCUAUGCACGAGGCCGUUCCGGCUAUCGCCAGUUGUGGUGUUAGCCCUCUCGUAAGACUGCCGGACAUGCAAGGUUGGAUGAUCAAACGAGCCCUUGAUGCUGGCGCACACGGAAUCCUUAUUCCACUCCUUCGCACCCCUGAAGAAGCCAAGAAGAUUGUCGCGGCGGCCAAAUUCCCACCUCAAGGACAAAGAGGUUUGGGAUCACCUUUCGCAAUGGAACGAUUCAAUCCCAUUCCAACCAUGACCGAGUAUCUGCAACAUGCCAACGAAUCAUUGUUGACAAUGGUCCAGAUUGAAACUCAGGAGGCUCUCGACUCAGUUGACGAGAUUGCUGCCGUCCCAGGUGUCGAUCUAUUAUUUGUCGGGCCGUUUGACUUGGGCAACAACAUUGGCCACCCUAUCCUCGACGGAGUUGUGAAGCCCGAGUUGGAGCAAGCAAUCGAACGGAUUCUAACGGCAGCUCACAAAGCUGGCAAGAAGGCGGCAUUUUUCGCCUCGAAUGCUGCCCAAGCAAAGCAGUAUGCGGAUAAGGGAUUUGAUAUGAUCAGUGCCGCCCUAGACGCCACUAUCCUGCAGUCUUCGGUCGCUCUAUCGCUGGCUGAGGCACGUGGGCAGGAAAAGCCAAACACGGGCGGCAAGUAUUAG